GGCUGUAAAACACUGACCUGUAGGAGUGAGUCAGUGGUGUAGUAUAUGGAUUCUGUCUGCAGCAGCCUGAGCGUGAAACAUAUUUUAGGUUUAUAGAGAUGGACUUGAUCCAAAGAAGACAUGAUUAAAGCUGUCACACAGGGUGAUGGGAUGUUAUCUCAUCAACUUAAAGACAGUCAGGUCAUACACAUCAGAGAUCAGGGCCUGGAUCCCUUCAAACCAGAUAGGAUCAGAAUGCAUAGGCUUAGGUUUCAAAACUUCAAAGAAAAUCUGCACAUCUUUUAAUGCAGCAUGAUGCGGACUGGAGGAAGAUUAGCAGCACUUUGUGGAAGCUAAUGAAGAUCCACAAAUAAAGAAUAUAUUUUUGUCUGGUGUGUUCUGGGGGAUUUACAUUUUUUCAUCGUAGUUGUACAAGUUCUUUAGUUCUUGAGUAAUGUUUUGUAGAAUAUAACUGGAUAGCUACUUUGAUACAUUUAUCCGGAGAGGGUGUUUGUGAGAACCUGUUGCUGUGGAAAAUAUCAGAGUGAGCCGCUGGGAGAAUACAGAGGGAAAAUGUCGGGAAGGAUCACCAUGAGUGAGUUGUUGUGUUGAUGAUGCUUAACACCCGACAGAAAGAUAAACAUAAAAAACAUAUGCUUCAGGAUGAGAAAGUGUUGCUAUACACACAGAAGAAGAUGUCAGCCUGGAAAGACGAUUUCGGUGUUAAGGGCCGUUGCCACUGUCGAUGUGUUGCAAACAAAAACAUGAAUUCCAGGGAGCAUGCUCUGGAGAAGGUCUGGACCCAAUUGUGCGGACAUUCUCUGGAGUUCAGAUCUGAAAACGGCUUGAGUCCUAAACUAGCAGCUCUGUCUGACGUCCAGAAAAUAACUGUGUCAACACCAGAACAAUCAUUUACAGACAUAAAUCAUUUACAAGCUAAAAUGUACUCGUUUGGUGGUUGCCAACCCCUGCUCUUUACUCUGUAAGAAUCAGAAUGAUCAUGCUUUGGCAAUUCAUCUGAGCUAUUUAUGAUUUUGAUGAUUUUGCAGGAGAAGCAGAUUUGGUUCAGAUCUGAUUAACUGGGCCUCUGUGGCAUUAAGUAUUUGCUGUUAGAAAAGCUUCAACGUGUCUCCAAUGUUAAUAUCUGUAACCUAUAUCAUGGACGGCUGAACUGUUACAUUAUCCCAUGAGGGAAACAUACAAUUCUUAGCUGCUGUCUGCUUCUUAUACAGCAGAGGUUGUUUCACAGUGAAAUUGAGACACAUUUAUAAAGAUAAAGAGAGAUAUUUUAAUAUGUUGUAUAUCAUUUCCAAUAUAGCAAACUCAAACUUUCAGUUUUUUUAGCCUUACAGAGCUGUCUAUUUUUAAGGUGGCUAUUAACCUUUGUUUUGAUUCAACUCAUUUAUGUGUCACAUAGCGUAAAGUCACAUUUCCUCUUCACAUGUAAUUGUUCCUCAAAAUGACCUAAAACUGUCCCACUUUGUUUAGAAACACCUCUGACCCAGUGACACACAUCGCUUCCUCCUCAUGUUUGGGACCGUUUCAGACUUUCUCCACCACACAAGGAUCUAUAAUAAGACGUGUGGGAGGCCUGUUCAUAUGUCAGGACUCAGAAAGUUCACAGUUUGACAUUAAUCAUUAUUUAUGACGUCUGAAUACAAUUUUCUUUGUUGGCUCUUGUAGCACUUUGACUCAGAAGAUGUGCUAACUGUAUCCGCCUGGUUACUUUGGUAGGGACCGUGAGGAUAAUGAUAUCAUUUCAAUACAGCCUUGGACAGAUUUUCGUGGUAUCCAGAUUAUCCAUCAUUACGAUUUAAGUUACCAUUAGUGGUCAAAAUUUCACUUAACACACAAUAUAAGAGUCUUUUAUUCAUCUCUACUUUUGUUUAUGUCUAUAUUGAUAGAGAUAAUUAAUCAGUUGAUGCAUAAAAAUUGAUCAGCCACAGCUAUUUAGUUGCUAACAUUCUUAACUGAGUUCAUGUUCAUGCUAAACAUCAGUUUGCAUCGUCAUUGUGACCCGUUCGCAUGAAGACAUACAUAUUUUUAGCUCAGCAGUCUUAAUGAAUUUAAUGUAAAUAUUGAUGUGUUGUUUAACUGAUUCGAACAAAUGUCAUCAUGACGACUUUAACUGAGCCUCGAUAGAGUGACACAAGUUAUUCCUCUUGUUUCUGGAAGCACUGGAACAAAUGCUUGUAUUACAGCGAUCGUAAUUGUUUGGAUUGGUUGAAUAUGGCAAUAUAUUUAUAGAUAUGGACCUUUGUGUCUGCAAUAAAGUUAAAUUGAAAUUGAAAUUAAUCGAAAUUAAUUGUCUGCCAUAUUUUACUUUUGUGAAACAUGCAAAUGGAGGUUCAACACUGUAAAUUAGAUUCCUAUAUUCACAGUAGCAGCAGAGCUAAUAACACCUUAUUACCCUAUCAUUUUUAUCUUCAUCACAAUAUUAUUUAAUUCAGUUAUCUUCCCACAACUCUCAACAUUCAAACCCCUCCUUUAACUCAUCAUAACCUGCAAGCAAAACAAGUCUGAAUAUGCCUCUUCACCGUGUCAGUGUUCAUAGCUCCACUCCAGGUUCUGGCUUGAGCUUCCCAGUCAGUCACAUUCCAGUGUGUGACUGCAGGUACGAGGCUGAUGAAGAGUGAGGUAAAGAACAAAGGGAUGAAGAAGGGAGAGAAAAGUGUCGAGAGGAGGAAAGCAACCCACCAAUGAGGAGAUGAUGGGGGUUCAACACUACUGGCUGCUGUUGCUGGUGCUUGAUUGCAGUGAGUGGAUUACAGGUGCUGGGGGUGACAUCAGUCCAUAUAUAAAGCAUUAUGAGGGGUUGUCAUAUGACAGAGAGGAUCUUCACAGGAUGCACUUGAGAAGCAGGAGAGACACACAACCUCAGGAAUACACACUGCAGCUGGAUUUGACUGCUUUUCACAGAACUUUCCGUCUGCGUUUGAAACGGAGUGCAGCAGCCUUUUCCCGGAAUUUCAUGGUCAUCAGUGAAAAUGGUUACACAUCUGCUGACCUCUCCCACUUAUACUCAGGAGAACUGGAAGGGGAACAUGGCUCAGUCUGCCAUGGCUCUGUGUUACAGGGUCAAUUUGAGGGAGCCAUCCACACAGACAACGGGACUUAUCACAUAGAGCCUGUCCACAGAUACACCAGCAACCAAACAGAUCACCACUCCAUAAUCUACCAUGAGGAUGACAUGGUCCUGCCACUCACAACGACCGGCUCUGGUGGAAUCUGUGGAGCAGAUCGUCUGAACGUCCUCGCCAGAAGCCUCAGACCCGAUGAGGAGGCGCCAGCGAGACGGUCUAGGAGGACAUUGGAUGAGUCAAAGACCAGCUGCCUGCUUCACCUCCAUGCCGACCACUUCUACUACUCGAAGUUCAAGUCUGUUGAAGCUGUCGUGGCUCAGGUGGCCUCCUACAUGCAGGCUGUGAACGACGUCUUCGACAAGGUGAACUUCGAUGGAUUCAACCUGAUCAACUUCAAAGUGAAAUCUCUCAGUGUGAUCACAGAGGAGGAUGAGAGCAGUCCUCUAAGCCCUAAGUUCAUUGGGCCUGAGAAGCUGCUGAGUCUUUACUCUGAGAGGAACUGGGGGAACUUCUGUCUGUCGUUCCUGCUCACUGACAGAGACUACAGCGGAGUGCUGGGACUCGCCUGGGAGGGCAGGGCCGGUAACUGGGGAGGAAUAUGUUCAAAACACACCAGGCUGCGUAACGGAGGGAUGUCCACCCUGAACACAGGACUGGUCACAGUUCAGAACUACGGACAGUUCCUGCCCCCUCGACUCGUCCAGCUGACCCUCGCUCAUGAACUCGGCCACAGCCUGGGAUCUCCGCACGAUGAGGGCACUAACUGCGGGGACCUUGGCUCCAGCGGGGGUAAGGGCAGGUACCUGAUGUUCCCUCACGCCACCGACGACGUGCGUGAGAACAACGACAAAUUCUCCCACUGUAGCAUCAGACACAUCAGCAAGAUCCUCAAGCUGAAGAAGGACGACUGCUUUGUGGUCAGUGAUCAGCCCAUCUGUGGAAACCAGAUUGUGGAGGAGGGUGAGGAGUGUGAUGUCGGUCACAACCACACGGACCUCUGCUGCUACAGUGCUAAAGAGCAGACGGGAGUCCAGUGUCGCCUUAAGCCCGGUAAAGUCUGCAGUCCGAGUCAGGGCCUGUGCUGUGCUCAGGACUGUGGUUUUAAGCCGGCCGGUCAGACCUGUGACGAGGAGACGGACUGUCUGAGAGAGAGCGAGUGUUCAGGUCUCUCCCCGCUCUGCCCCGAACCAUUAGCCAAGGAGAACCUCACCGUCUGCAGCAAUGACACGCGCGUCUGCAUGAAAGGGGUGUGUGCCGAGUCUGUGUGUGUGAAGCACAGCCUGCAGCAGUGUGACUGUCCUGGAGACUCCAUGAGAGAGAAAUGCCACAUGUGCUGCCAGCAGCCCGAUAAGCCAGAGACAUGUGCCAGCACCACCUCCUCCGUGCUGUCUCGUCACUUCCAGACAAGAUCGCUGCCACUGGUUGAUGGCGCUCCGUGCUCUGGAAACCAGGGAUACUGCGAUAGGCUACACGUGUGUCGCCUGCUGGAUGCCGAUGGCCCCAUCGCAAGACUGAAAAACUCCUUUCUCCAUUUUGAUGACUUCGAUGACAUCGGAGAGUGGAUGAAGGCUCAUUGGUGGGCCAUCCUGCUGGCUAUCCUGACUCUGUCCGGAGUGAUGGGCUGCACCGUCUGCCUCUGCGGCCGCCCCCUCGACACCAGCGACCCGGAGUAACCUCUGACUGUUGAUCUCUCUCACCUCUGGGGAGACGACUAUUCUCAGGAUGACGCACAAAGUCACUUAGUUUCGUUCAUAAGGGAUUUUAAAUGGUCAAGGCCACAUUGAGCAGAUUCCUUUUUUCAACUUUGUUCCAUAUCUGCAAGAGUGAGCGCCGUGCGAGUGACUUGUGAACGCCCCUCGCUCUGUUUGGUUAACUCUUUUUCAACUUCAUUAUGCAUCAGACAGUUCGUUUCCUUGUGUGACUUUGUCCCCAUUUAAACAUUCUACCGUGCCAUCCAUGUGUUGUGGAAAACGUUACUGUAGCUGUGGAACAGUCGGGCAUUAGAGGGAAAACAUACCCCACCAGUUCACCUACAGUCAUUUAAAGCCAAGUGUCCUGACAACGACUUGUGGAACUCGUUUUAGCUUGCUAUGUCCUUGCGGCUUUGUGUGAACUUGACUGCUAAUUUCAGCCUCGAUAAACAUCCAGCUGUCUGUCGCAGAUAUUUUUAAUGCGGUCACAGGACGAUAAGAUUACAAGUUGGUGGCUCUCUACUGUACUGACAUUUACAUUGUGUGUUUGAAUAUGGAAAAUGCCCUGAUGAGGUAAUAAAGCAACACUGUGUUUAUCAUCUUAA